UCCGAUACGCGUUAUCAAUCUUGGCCGCUUCGGCCUUUAGAGAGAAAAACGCGUGUUUUGCAACAGGGAGGAUGAAAACGUGACUCCUCAGACGAUAGUCAUAUGCUUCAAAUGCUUGUGUGAACGGUGCUCUUCAUGGCGACACUUUUUGUGCUGGCCAAGAAAGCGCCUCUCGAUACCAUUGUGGUUGUCACGGGGUCGCCCCAUCGGACUCGGGUCGCGUGACUUUUGUGGCCACAAGGUGGCAGGCAUAUUAGUGUUUGCCACUGACACCAAUUGGAAACGGCGGCCAGGACAAGGGGGCAUCUAGGGGGCGUCUGAUACCACAGGUCUAUUCCGUGGUCGUCAUCUGCAGCGUGAAUUUCCUAGAAGCGGUUGGCAGUACCGCUUGCUUGCCCUCAGCAUAAAGUAACUCUUACGUAAUGUGAACAUCGGGUACAAGCACCACCAUGCACAGCUGGUUGUUUGUCCUGCUGGGAGCAGCAGUUUGCAGUGUCCACCAAGCGUUUGGAAGGCGAUCCUUCACCGUCGACUACGAGAAUGACCGCUUUCUCAAAGAUGGGGAGCCCUUCCGCUACGUCUCCGGCAGUAUGCAUUACUUUCGGGUGCCGAAACCAUACUGGAGGGAUCGGCUGCAUAAGAUGCGUAUGGCCGGGUUAAAUGCUGUUCAGACCUACGUGGAAUGGAGCCGCCACGAGCCUGAACCGGGAAAGUACAAUUUUGAAGAGAACUACGACUUGCCGACGCUCUUGCGCACAGCGCACAGCGAGGGCCUGUUGGUAAUUCUGCGUCCAGGGCCUUACAUCUGCGCAGAAAGGGACAACGGAGGGCUUCCCUAUUGGCUUCUACGGUUGAAUCCUCAUAUGAAAUACAGGACUUCGGACAAGACGUACAUUGCUGCCGUCGACAGGUGGAUGUCUGUCUUGUUAACCCUCGUGAAACCUUUCCUCUACAAAAAUGGGGGUCCCAUCAUCACGGUUCAAGUUGAAAACGAAUACGGCCAAUACUGCGCCUGCGAUCACUCCUACAUGGCGCACCUAGCCUCGUACAUGAGGACGUACCUCGGCGAAGACGUUAUCCUGUUUCGAACUGAUAUUCCCAACAGGAAGAUGUACAAGUGUGACGCUAUCAAUGGGACCCUAGUCACUGCUGACUUCGACUCCGAGUCAGUGGUCUCUCAGAGCCUACACGUCGUGCGAGAAGCGCAAGGCCGAGGCCCUCUAAUUGUUACGGAAUAUUAUCCGGGAUGGAUGGAUCACUGGGGACGACCUCAUGUCCGCGUCAACCAUUCUGCGGUUCUCAGCACGUUUGAGCAGAUACUAAAGUACAAUGCCUCCGUGAACUUUUACAUGUACCACGGCGGAACAAAUUUUGGAUUUUCAAGUGGAAGCAACGCUGGGGUAGGGCCACAGCCUACGAGCUACGAUUAUGGUGCACCGCUGUCUGAAGCAGGAGACCCAACGGAUUUGUACUACAAAAUACGAGCCAUAACAGGAAAGUACCUUCCUUUACCGCAUGGACAGGUCCCGAAGCCUUCGCCGAAGUACAGCCUGGAUAGAGUUAACAUGACCUGUGGACCCUCUCUGGAUGAAGUCAUGAAUUUUUUGCGGCGUAAGGGCCGCCUGAAGACGGCGAAUUCAGUGUACCCGAUGAGUUUUGAAGAGUUUGGACAGGGCUUUGGCUACGUGUCUUACACGACGACAGUGCCAUUUCAGAGUAGGAGCCCCGCGGUUCUGGACGUUCCUGGUAUCAAGGACCGUGGCUAUGUAUUCACGAGGUACACGAAAGCUGUGUUGAGUUCGUGGAAUGGCGUCCGAAGCGUUCCGGUUGUGGUAGGGGAAGGGGAAACCCUGAAGAUUAUUGUAGAAAAUACUGGAAGGAUCAACUAUGGCGUUAGGAAUCAUGAUCCUAAGGGCAUCCUCUCAAAUGUCACACUGGACGGUGAAGUGCUCACAAACUGGACAAUGGAAGCAGUACCAAUUCCAGAUACGAAAUUCCUCAGUGAAUCUUUCGACUUACUGGAUGAAGCCAUGUUCAAUGACUCUGAGAACUGUUCAGCGCCACGUUUUUAUUUCGGCAAGUUCUCCCUUCACCAACACGAAGAGCCCCUGGACACGUUCCUGGACCCGACGGGAUGGACAAGAGGUGUGGCUUUCAUGAACGAAUGGAACCUCGGCCGUUAUUGGCCAAUGGUUGGACCACAGGUGACGUUGUACGUUCCUGGUGCGUUCAUUAAACCUCAUAUGAAGACAAACUUGAUCACCCUUGUGGAAAUGGAAGAUCCCAUGCCUCGUAGCAUGACGGUGACUUUGACAAACGUUCCUGAGCUCGACGGGCCGACACCAGUGAAGAGACUAUCACACGGACCAAAUAGUGUUGGGUUCGGAUUGAAACGGGAGAAAACAGCUCUGUGUCAUUAAAAGAAGAGAACUGUGACGGUAUAUGAUCCUUCUGUAAGGAGGGUUCUGAACGCUUUUCGUUUAGUAUAUCAUGCUACCAGACUAGUAUGCGGAGUUUUAAUGGCAAGAUUUGCAUUGACUUCUUUGUACUCCCUAAAAAAUGAAAGUAUAAAAUGGUGCUUUAGAUUUCGC